GGGAAUUUUUAAUUUGCAUAUUUCUUUGCGUUAAAAUUGUCGGCAUGAUCAGAAGCCGUGGUAUUCAUCGCAAGAAGUGCCUUCGCUUUAAAAAUGAGGAUAAGUUCCGGCUUAUAGCCGCUGUGAGGGUCAGACGUCUGCUCUGGGAUCUGAAAGACAGUGAACACAACGAUCUUAUAAGUAUUAAGGCGGCUUGGCAGUCCGUGGGUGCCGAACUGCGCCGAGACCCACAGGAAUGUAAGGUCGCUUGGCGCUCGUUGCGCCAGAGCUACCGCUACCAUUGCAAGACGGCAUAUACCCGCAUUGGUGAGGACUAUGAAGGCGAAACCGAUCCGCUAGAAACCCCCCACAUUCAAUGGGAAUUUGCCGAUGAUAUGGCUUUCCUACAGGAUUUGACAAGGAAGAGAAACCCAUCUUCGGACUCGGUUCUGUUGGACGAUACUAUUACGAUGAACACUGAAUUGGAUGAUUACACCGAGUAUACUGAUGCUGAAUAUUUGGAUAGCGCUUAUGAAAUCCAUAACAACGAUGCAAAUGACAACGAUGCCGACAUCGACGACAACAAUGAUGAUGUUGAGGAUGAUGCAAACGUGGUUUCAUUGACUAGGGCGUCGAAAUUCGCAUAUAAGAUAAAACAUCCAAAGAGUCAAAGGCAAGUUGUAUGCAGAACAUGCGCGCAAACAAUAGACCCUCGCACCGCAGAGAAUUUAUUUAAACCGGAAAACUAUCAGCUUCUGUGCCAAAUCAAAGCGCUGACAGACCUAAUUCUGAAACAAGAUGAAGAAUUUUCGGACCUUAUUUGCGGCGACUGCCAACACAGUCUAGAGAUUGCUUUUAAGUUUCGCAGAGUUUGCAUUGAGUCACAGACACAAGCCCUAAUCAAAGUACAAGUAAAGGACGAGGAGAUCGAACAAGAUACAAUGUCAUAUUCAGAGUCCACUAUGCCACACAGUCCCACCAAUUCGGAAUUACUCAUAGAAGAAGAACGAUUGGAAGAAAUCGACAAUUCAGAUGAUGAAAAAUAUUAUGAAGCAGUAGACGUUCAACCCUUAGUAUCAACACCAUCGCCGCCAUCCCCAACGUCGAAAAAGAAAAUCAAAAGGGAGCCAAGAAACCACAAAUACCAAUGUCAUCAGUGUGGAUUGACAUUUACUAGUCAGGAUUUACUAAAGAUGCAUAUGCAUCAGUCUCAUGACAUGCAACUUCAUACUAGAUUUGUGUGCAAGCAUUGCGGACACGAUUUUAAGUACUCCGCCCCUCUGGUUGAACAUCUAAAGAGCAUAGGAGUUUAUUUUGGAUACAAGUGCGAAGAGUGUGGACAAAAGUUUCAUAGUAGGCAUUUCCUAAAGAAGCACAAGAGAAGAGUUCAUGGGCAGGCUGAUCAACAUAUUUGCCACAUGUGUGGAAAAAAUUUUACCACUGGAUUUAAUCUUCGAAACCAUAUUGUUCGUCACUCCGGAACCCGACCCCAUAAGUGCAAGCUCUGCAGUGCAGCAUUUUCAACGACAGCCGAACUGAACAAUCACCAGCGCACACACGACAAUGUUCGUCCAUAUCCAUGUCGUUAUGCAUGCGGCAAAUCAUUUCGGCACUGCAGCAAUCGUAGCACACACGAGAGAGUACAUAUGGCUGGCAGUUUGCGUCCUUUUCAAUGCGACUAUUGCGAAAAAACGUUUGUGACCAAAGGUGAUUGCAGGUCCCAUCAAAUGGUGCAUACUAUGAGCCGCGAUUUCAGCUGUGACAUUUGCGAGCAGAGCUUCAAGCUACAGAAGCAUUAUUUGCAGCAUUUGACGACCAAGUCUCAUAAAAAGGUCGAGGAGCACAUGAAAGCAUUGAAGCAAACAGAAUCGGUUGCAUAAAUUUAAACCUGUUUAUAAUUAUUUACGACCUAUUGGAAACUUAUUAAUUCUGAAUUCCCAAAGCAAACAGAAGCUGUGGCGUUAAUCUAGUUAUGUAUAUAAUUAUCGAAGAUCUAUUGGAAACUUAUUAUUUUUUACUAUCUAUCAAUUUUACCUUGGGACUGCAGGAACAAUGCACCCUAUUUCACAUGAAGUCUUUGAAUAUUGUCUUAAUUUCAAAACGAACUAAUUAGCUAAUCUUACUGAAUGAAUAUUGAAAAGAAAGUAUCUAGAAAUAUUUUGAGUAUAUGUAGAGCAUGAAGAGAAUCCUGAAAAAGUCGAAUAUAAGUUGUUAUUUUGCUUG